AUGUCUGAACAUGGCAAAGUGACACGGCAAACAAACAAAAGAAAAGUUUCAGAUCUAAUGGAAGACAAUGGACAAUGCAAACAACUUAAUAAUGAAUCAAUUAGAGAUCUAGCUGAUUAUUUUGACUUUCUAGCUCCUAAUGAGAUAUGUCAACAUGCUGUAGGCUUAUUCUUUUGUUUAAUCAAGAAAAAGUUGAUUAGUAUUUCGUAUUCAGAUCUUUAUCAAAGAAGUUUAAAAUAUAAUUGGAUGGAUCUACUGGUUCGCGAACGAAGAAAUUUAAAACCGAAUAUCAAUUCGAUUGAGAAAUGUUUGAUGUUCAAUCGAUUGAUCGCAGAGUAUACAAAGAAUCCUGCAGAAUUUACUCAGCAUUUGACGAACUUGUACGAACAGCUCAAAAUUCGCAUGACAAGUACAACGAUACCUUAUACAACAGCAGAGGAUUUAUAUAGUGAAGUUCGAGCGUAUAGAAAUCUACUGUACCAACAGCGAUUAUUUUACAUAAAGGAAAAUAAAAUUAGACAAUCACACACACUAUUGAGUUUACAACAAAGCGUCACGCAACUGUGUUCUCAAUUGCUGGAUUCUGGUGAUAUUUGUCGGGAAUGUAUAUCGUCUGAGCAACUAAAUCAAAUAAAAGAACUUCUACAACAUUUGUUUGUUAUUGUUGCCGAACCAUCCACGCCCGAAUGUGUUGCAAGCACUAAAUACGAAAAAAUACCAUUCGUCGUCAUUUCAAUUUCUCAUCUAUCGUUAGGUGUAACAAUCUAUUCAUUCGAUCGCCGUACUGAUGACGAUGGUGAAGUUCAGACAGCACUUGAAUGGAAAAUAAAACGAAUCUUUGAUGCAAGCGGUAAUUCCAAGUCGUUCUACUAUGCCGAACUUCAAACGAUAAGAUUAACUAAAACUGAUGGCCGAAGUUCUCGUCCAUUCUAUAAUUCCAAACUUUGCCGAUUACGAUUCCAAUUAAACGUCACCAUCAGCAAGUUAGAUAUGACAGAAAAUCUCACAUUUUUCUCACGACCGUUUGGCAUCUGUUCGCAUGCUCAAUAUUUCCCGGAAUAUGUUGCUAAAUUGCUCAUCUAUGAAAUCGAACAAAGAUUCCAGCAUGUUAACCGCUUAAUUCAACCUCAUACCAUCACUGAUGGUGUUUGUGAUUAUCACACACGUAUCACAGGGGUGGAACCACAACCUCAUACCAAAAGCUUUAUUUUCCAACAAUGCCAAGCGAUCUACGACGAGAAAAGGAACAUUAUGAAUGUCACAUCGAACGACAUUUAUGAGGAUAUCUUAGCAAAAGUAAUCACUCAACUAGAACAAUAUGUAGAUCAUCCCGUGCUAUCGAUGAUGUACUAUGACCAUCUCUUUCUAGGCAUUUGUGAUAGCGCCAUCGAUCAAGUAUUGAGUGGAACUCGAGAACAACCACAUAUCUUACUACGUUUUAAUACACUCACUAAUCGUCUAUUAACACAACAAACUUCUGUUCGAUAUCUUGUACACAAUGGCGAACUGAUCAAAGCAACGUUCCAUUCAAAAGCGUUUGUGGAUGAUAUGUGUCAAAUGAUCUGUGAAUCAAUUUCAGACAAAGCCAAACGAUCACGUAUAUUAUCAAAUAUACCAGAUCGGCGAUUUGCUGAUUUUAGUUCAUAUUUUGAUCAAGAAUUGUAUCGUCUGAGUUCGGUCGCCCCUCCAACAAGAGACACAUACCAACCAUUGAUACCAGUUCUUUGGUCAACAAUGCGAUCAACCGACAACGAACAAUCAACACAACGAACAACACCUACAUCACCGGUCCUAUCGGCAUCAUCACAUCAAGAUGACUUCUCGCAAUCGAAUUCAACUUCUUCCAAUCAAAGCGUCAAUUUAUCGAGUGACAUAACAUCUAAUUUUCGCGAGCAAAUAAGUUUUGAGACGAACAAAUUAAUUCAGGUUCUUCUGGAGAAAUUACCUGAAAUGUUUCCGCCUGCUGAAUCGAACGAUCCGACAAGGACAAGCAAUGCUGUCAUUACACAACGGAAAUUGUGUUUAUCAAGUAUAUUAAAUAAGUAUCUAAUAAAAAUUUCUCAAAUUCAAACUUCUACCCAAAUUCACAGCAGACCAGAUGAAUCCAAAUCGUACACGUUCUACUGUUCGUCACUAACAAAAACGUAA